AUGUAAGAAGAAUUCAAAAACGAUGGAGCUUUGCCUACUGAGAAACUUCCAAUUAUACCCAACUAGUCUCAGUAGCAAGAUAUUACACUCACUGAAUCUAGCUACUAAACGGAAGACCAUAGAGAUAUUUGGGCUAAGGAAAAAGAUUUUAGAUUGUAUUUAGAGCGAAUACUAAUAUAAAAAAAGUUCUGGGAUGUAAUUGAUCAGACUUCGGGGCUCAUCGGCUUUAUUUCAUCUAUCCUCAACGUGGUAUUAACAUAUGUAGAGGACUAUAUGCAUGUGCAAAUGGACUGGUUUAACUAGCUUGAUUUAAUCAUCUGCUACAUAUAUCUCGCAGUAUAUGUAAUUAAAUUGUAUGUUUCCUAGCACAGACUCUAAUAUUUACUGAGUGUGCAAUCAAUUUUGGGAUGCAUGACGUUUGUUCCACUAAUAAUAAUCGUGACUCCAAAUAAAAGAGACAGCUCAUUUUACCUCAUUGCAUUCUCUAGAUACGUUAGGACGAUACUUUCAGCUAUGAUACUUGUUAAAUAUUAUAAGUUAGGUUAAACUGAUGUGGAUAGACAGAUUAAUAUUGUCCUAAUGACUAUGAUCUUAUUGAUGUACGUAUCCUGUGGAAUAUAUCAAGUGGUUGAGAAUUCAUCCCGAUUAGUACCCAUGAAAUUUCAUGAUUCUCUUUACUUUGUUGUUGUCACACUAUUUACUGUAGGCUAUGGAGACUUUUAUCCUGAUACUAUUUUUGGAAGGACGAUUGUUAUGUUCAUCAUUAUUUUCACUAUUAUUCUCAUACCUCAACAGACUAAUGAACUUCUUCGAUUAAUGAACUUGCAGAGUAGAUAUAGAAGAACUGCAUAUAAGUCAGUAGAAGUGAAGCAUAUUUUAGUAACUGGCUCGGUUGGCCUACAAGCACUAAAGAAUUUUUGUGAUGAGCUGUUUCACGAAGAUCAUGGAACCCAAGCAACUAAUGCAGUAAUUCUGUAAUAAGAUGAUCCUAAGCCUGAGAUGGAACUCUUUAUCCAAAAAUAUGGAAUGUUUCUGACCUACCUAUCAGGCAAUCCUAUGAAUUCUAGAGAUUUAAUGAGAGGUGAUACACAUAAAGCUGACUCAUGUGUGCUAUUAACAAAUAAAAAUUCUAAAUCUGCUGCUGAGGAGGAUCAUCUAAAUAUUCUUACUGCUCUAGCCAUUAAGAAAUAUGUAUACAACAGAAGUAAGGAAUUAAAAGAAGAGAGUAAAAGCAAUAUUAAGAUUUGCAUGCAAUUGAUUAAGCCAGAGUCAAAGAUACUCUAUUUCAAAUCUUUAAAUUUACCAUCUACUAAUGAUUAGCUUAUCAUUGUUGAAGAAAUUAAGAUGAACUUACUUGCCAAAUCAUGCUUUGCCCCAGGUUUGAUAUCAGUCAUCUCAAAUCUUUUUGCUUCAGCUGGAGAUAUAAAAACUGAUGAGUUUUAAGAAGAAUGGCUGAAAGAGUAUGCUGAGGGAAUGGGUCAUGAAGUCUAUAGAGUUUUAAUUAGUGAGAAUGAUUUUUUAGGCAACUUAACAUUCAAGGAUAUAGCUGAUAUUGGCUUCACUGAAUUCAGUGCUAUUAUUUUUGCUCUUGAAAUCGAAGUAAAGGCAUAUCAAGGUCAAAAGAGCAUUAUCAGAUUAAAUCCUCAUAAUUUUGAAUUCAAGGAAUGGAUUUCAUACAACUACUAUCUUUACAUCAUUUGUGAAGAUGAGACUGUUGCAAGAUCAGUACAAAAAUUAGACAUGCCAGAUGAAAAAUAUGAAAGUUACUUUAAAAGAGUAAGGUAUGAUAAGGUCAAAACAGUGACUAAUAAAAUAGAGGCAAGCAUUAAAGAGAAUCUAGUAGGAAGCCAAACUUUCAUGAUGGGCAGAUCAAACAGAAGAAUUAACACCCUAGAUGGGGAUGAUGAGAUGAAAUCUGGCUUGGUAUCAGGAAACUUCAUUACUAAUAGAGAUAAAGAUGAUGGCCCUGCAACUGCGAUAGGGGAUAAAAAUCAAUUGAUUGUUAAACCAAAGAAUAGCUAAAGUAAUUAUAAACUGCUUAAUGCUCUUGGAGAAAUAAAUGAUGGUAAAAAUAGAAAGGAUUCAUUCUUGAUGAACAACAUUUUCAUUGACCCAAUUGAAAAAGAUUAUGAUAUGCUAAGUAAGCCUUAAAGCUAAACUGAAGUUCAAAUAAAGGAUUCCAACAUUAAACUCAAGAAUCAUAUCGUGGUCUGUGGUAUUCAUUCCUCCAUUUAUCACUUCAUUCUACCAUUAAGGGCAAAGUACCUUAAAAACUAUUAACAGGAUAUUGUUAUAAUUACUCCAAAUUCCUCAAUCAAGGGAGAAAUAUGGGAUUCUAUUGCCAGAUUCCGAAGAAUCUACUUAAUUGAAGGAUCUCCUCUGUCCACAGAAAUCCUCAAAUAGGCUUAUAUUCAUAAAGCUGAUAAAGCAGUUAUUUUAGGUCAUGAUCCUACAAUUAAAGCUCAAAAGAAUCAUACAGAGUUAAAUGAUGAAAUGAUAGAUGCAUAAUCUAUUUUCAUAUAUAAAGCAAUAAAACGAAUUAAUCCUUAGCUCUAAAUUCUAACUGAACUUUCUUAUAGCUCAAAUAUAGACUUCUUGCUGCCAAAAAGUAAAAAAAAUCCUGAGUACACUUUUUCCACAUUGUACGCUGCUGGAGAAGUAUAUAUAGCAGCUACAAUUGAUACGUUAACAGCUUAAGCAUUUUAUAACCCUCAUGUAGUAACAAUUUUGCAAUAAAUCUUAGUGGGAAGAGGAGAACGAACUAUAAAAGAUGAUACAGAAGCUGAGAUAAUUGCUAAUUUUGACGAUAAACUAAGUUAGAGUAAUCUUUGGCAGAUUAUGGUACCUGAAGAAUUCAUCAAUAAAACAUAUGAUAAACUAUUUAAGUAUUUGCUAGACAAAAAUCUUGUUGCAAUCGGUCUUUACAGACUUCCUGGAGCAAACGAUAACUAAUUUCCUUAUUGCUACACUAACCCUGAUUAGAGAAGGACUACAAUCACAGCGAGAGAUAGGGUAUUUGUGCUUGGUAAAGAAAUACCUAAAGAUCUAAUAUUAGAUGUGAAUUUCAAGCAUUCUAAAGGAGAGGGAAUGAAAGACCUUAAAAAAAUGAAAUUGGAUGAUGAGAUGGAUGAUAAGAAGAUCUAAUAGCAAAUAAAUGCAGCUUAAGGCUUCAAAUACAAGGAUUACUAUGGAAUUAAACCUGAGAAAACACCUACAGCUUUGAAUAAUGACAGCAAAAGAGGAGAUGUAAAUAACUCUUUAAAUCAUAAUAAGAAUGCUCAUAAGAAAGAUGAUUAAGAUUACUUGCCUAAGCCUAAGCCAAUUUUCACUCAAAAAGACUCUACUAAUUCAGCUAAUGUUGAAGGAGAUAACAAUCAGAACUUUAAUCAUCCAACUGAAUUCAUGAGUGCAGCUCUGGAUAGACUGGAAUAAAAAAUAAAUCAAUUAGAAAAUAAGGUAUCAAAAGCCAAAGAAAUCAUGGGUAAGCAAGACGAAAACAUUAAGCUAGAUAUUUGUCAAAUAAGAAAAGAACUUAUAAUGGACGACAGUGUUACAAAUAAUUGA